UUGUGCGUGUGUGUCUCUUUAAGAAUUGGGCUGAAAACCGAGCCGUGUAUGCGAAAGGGGAGGGAGCUGGAAUCACGCAUUUUCGUGUUUUGUCUCACUAAGAGCGGUUUCACUUUGAAAGAAAUGCCGUUUGGACGGCGGUUGUUGUCGCCAUCACACUCCGCAGAGGUGACACUCGCCGGCGGCGUGAGCUGCUAGUGUGUCCGGGGGAGCUGGAGGCGGGCUCGGUGGUGUUUACCAAAAAAUGGCUCGACGUGCUUUUGGCUGCUCCUCCUAGCGACCAUGGACACCAUCACCAGUUGAAGGAAGGAGCCCAAGACAUCUUGAUGAAAGCUUCAAGCAAGAGCGGGUGGCCAUGGACCCAUUCAGCCUGCUCAUUCUUGCCAUCUCGGUGACCAGUUUCUUCACUUUCCAGUGGCUCUUCCACAGAGUCAGUCCAUGGAUGUCACAGUUGGUCAGCACUGGCUUCCUCAGCCUCAGCGACAAGCAGAAGGUGGAGUGGAACUCCAGGACGGUGUCCACGUUUCAUGCUCUGAUCGUGGGAAUCUUCUGCCUCUGCAUUUUGUUCUUCGAUGAUGCCGUAAAUGAAGAUCCAGUCUGGGGAGAUCCAACCAUGGUGAAGACAAACGUCGCCAUCACAACAGGCUACCUCAUAUCAGAUCUGCUGCUUAUAUUUUACUAUUGGAAGGCAAUAGGAGACAAGUUUUUUGUAGUUCACCAUCUGGCAGCAUUGUAUGCUUACUACUAUGUACUGGGCCAAGGAAUGUUGCCUUAUUUUGCUAACUUCCGACUGCUUGCCGAGUUUUCUACUCCAUGUGUGAACCAACGCUGGUUCUUCGAGGUUCUAGGUUAUCCCAAGUCCUCGCCACCCAACAUGGUCAAUGGCGUCGCCAUGGCUGUGGUGUUUUUCAUGGUCCGCGUUGCAGUCAUGCCAGUCUACUACGGUCGCAUGUACGCGGUCUACGGCACCGAGGCCUUUUACCUGGUCCCCUGGGGAGGCCGGGUGGCCUGGAUCGGCUCCAGCAUCUGCUUGGAUAUCAUGAACAUCAUGUGGAUGCACAAGAUUGCCCGCGGCUGCUACAAGGUGCUCCGGUCUGCACGCCGGAGCAAAGCCAGCUCACCUCAGGAGAACGGAAAAUGGGAUUGAAUCAGGAAAAGCAGAUGUGACUCGGGUGUCAGUGGGGAAGCUGAGGACCCGCACCUGCUUCAGGAACAGAGACCCACUGACUCAACAGGACCAAAUGUAUGGUGGGAAACCCAUAUGUGGAAUGUGACGUGUGCGCCGAUCGACGAUUAUAUUGCCGUAUUAAAAGCAAGCCAUGAUACAUGACCUCUCAGCAAGACUGCGGUCAGCCUAAGACUCAAGUGUUACCGUUCUCACAAAACCCAUUUGUUUGUUCUUUAUAUUUAUACUGAGACGAUGUGUUCACACAUGCAGCAAGUUUAUCAUCUGUCACAUCGUCACAGAAAUCAUGUCAUAUCAAUUUUGGAUCUCCUGACAUGACUCCGGCGAGACUUUAACCUGGUGUGUGUGUUUUAUUUAUUUUGUCUUGCUGGUAUUGAAGCUAGAUUUUAAGAACAAAGGUUUGUAAACGUAUACAAAUGACUUGGAGGAGAUGAAAGGGAAGGUUUCUGUUGUAAACAAGGACACCGCAGCCGAUCAACUUCAGUUCAUGGGAAUGAAUCCUAUUAAAAGUGCUGUGUAUAAUCGGUGUCAAACACAAGGAAAGUCCACUUGGAUAUUUUUAAUGUAUAUUCACGUCCCUAAAAACAUCUUAGUCAUGUUAUGUGAAGGCUCCAUGUGUUUCCAUAGAAGGCAAUGUUGAGAGUUUAUCCGCCCCAGACAAUUGUCAGGUUAAGACGAUCGGGUUAUUUGACUUAUAUUAUUAUCAACUUCGGGCAUGACUUGAGGAGCCGUUUUACAGUCCGGCGACACUCGCAAAUCUGGGUUUGGAUACAAGGCCGACCUAAUGUACUACUGAUCAACUUUUAAGUAGCGAGAAAGUGCUCCUCAACUUUAAAAAAAAAUGAACGCUUGCAAGUAGUUUGCUGCUUCUGCGCUGUGUCUGAGGUUUAUUUGAUGCAAACUGAGUGAACCGUGGCAUGUGAAAGUUCAUCUUACUGCUACAACAGCUGUAGCCUAAACUGUUAAAGAUCGUCCCGCUGAUAAAACAAUGAGGGUAAUUGAAUGGCUAUUGCCGUCCAUGUGAACACAUUUAUGGUCAUGUUGCUCCGUCAACACCAAGGAUUUCAGGUUAUCCAACUUUUAUGGCCAUUAUUCAUCGAGUGGAGUUCUGUGAAUCGCAGGGUUGAGUGAGAACAAAAACCUGUCAAAUCUGCUGCGAGUUAAUCAUCGAGCCACAUUUAUGCGUAACCUUUGUUCCUUUUACAGAGGCAAUUGUCCUUGUGAGCAUCAUUAGAUAAUGCAGGAAAAGUGACUCAUGCCUUCAUCGGUUUUUAUUCUCUUGUAGUGGCCUUUUAAAAGCAGCUUUUUUAAUGUGCUAAUUAAUGAUUAUUUUUGUGGCAAAAAGCUCAAGAGAAAUGCCAUGAUUUGAGAUUCUGUUGACAUAUUUCCUUAUUCUGGUUUAAUUCUGUGACGUCGCCGCGGUGCUUAGCUAUGCUUUUGUGCCAGUUGUGAAGCGAUCACGGCAUAUUUGUUUUUGCAGUUCAAUGCGUGCCAAGCUGAUGCUCUGUCCGUUCUUGCAUGUGCUGCUUGUAUUUUGGGGUUUAAAACCUCGAUGUAGAUUUAAACUUUUGAUUUUCAACAGCCAAUGGAACUCAAAGGAGCAGUAGUGGAAUGUUCAUGCAUGGCCAUUGUCGUCUUCAUGCACCUUCUCUAAAUGCAUGUGGUACUGCAUGUAUAUUAGCAAGAACCCAUGAGAUUUCUUUCUUAACGCACACACUUCUGUAUUACACAAACCCAUCCUAGCGCAAUUGUAUAGUUUGAUACGCAACACAGGUCUUAUUGGAGUACUUGAAUAUAAAUCAGCAUAUUUUAUUCUAAUCUGGGCAGUGCGAAUCUGGAACCCGAAAAGAUUCUUGCCUCACCAUUGCCUCUCUGCGGUCGCCGGUGCAUGUUUCCCUUCGACUGGCGGUUUUGAAAUGUUUUUGAAUGUUGUCCAGGAGUCGCUGCAAAGAUUAUUGACAUUCUAUGAAUGUAGAAGAGAUGUUUGUCUUUUAUUUUACUUGUGUUCUUUCCAAUAAAUGCCAAAUUAACUGAUGCAACGUCUUUUGUUU